AUAAGCUACUGAAAGAGUUGUGAGACCAAGGUUAGUACAGCUCACUGGUUGUGGUCUACCACUUUCAUAGAAAUGGGGCUUAAACCAAACAGGGGAGUUGUUUUAUUUUCCUGUCUCGUAUUUCUUUACAUUAGCCAAACAUGUGGUAUAACCCUCGAAAUAGUGCACACAGAUGAGAUGCAUCUUGAGAAAAGGUCUGAGAAUAUCCACACGGGGACAAUUGCUUUUGGCACAGGGGAUAUUUCACUGGGUCGAAAUCUGGAAUAUGAGCGACGAUAUAUUGGAGAAGAAACUGCGGAUGUUGGCUCUGUUAACAUCCAAGCCGCCGACCCACAUCCAGGACUGGUGGGUGGACGAAGCAGCAUUGAUGACUAUAGGGCCUGGCAUCGUAUGCAACCAAGUUUAUUAUGUACUAAUGACCUCAUGAAGUUCUCGGCACAAGGUCCUGGGUGUUCUUCACUCCAGUUAGACAGAGGUGGCAAGCCUCUCUCUCUAACCCAGUUACCACAAGACUGUGGCUACUCUGUGAAAAGGACUGCGGUGGGCCUUGUGUUUCUCGCCUCUCUCGAUGGUUGUGAUAUUGUGAAACAGGGCAAUAGCCACUUGCUGCAGAUGUUGUGGCACAGCAAUCCAGUAACCCUCUCCUGCCCUGUCUCGAGCUCAGACCAAGUCUCUCCAGUUUUAUCUACUACUCCAGCUCCAACUACAGAAGCACCAACUACAGAAGCACCUGCCACAGCUGUCAAGCUUCCUCCACAGAAUCAACAGUGGAUGCAUCCGCUCUUUGGAGGCUACUACCACCCAUUAAUGCCGAUGCAGACUCCCCCUCAAACUACAGAAGCACCAACUACAAAAGCGCCAACUACAGAAGCACCUGCCACAGCUGCCGAGCUUCUUCCACAGGAUCAACCGCAGCAACAGUGGAUGCAUCCACUCUUUAGAGGCUACUACCACCCUUUAAUCCCUGUGCAGACUCCCCCUCAAACUACAGAAGCGCCUACUACAGAAGCACCUGCCACAGCUGCUGAGUUUCCUCCACAAAAUCAACAGUGGAUGCAUCCCCUCUUUGGAGACUACUACCACCCUUUAAUCCCUGUGAAGACUCUCCCUCAAACUACUGUUGCACCAACUACAGAAGCACCAACUACAGAAGCGUCAACUACUGUUGCACCAACUACAGAAGCGCCAACUACAGAAGCACCUGCCACAGCUGCUGAGUUUCCUCCACAAAAUCAACAGUGGAUGCAUCCCCUCUUUGGAGACUACUACCACCCUUUAAUCCCUGUGAAGACUCUCCCUCAAACUACUGUUGCACCAACUACAGAAGCGUCAACUACUGUUGCACCAACUACAGAAGCACCUGCCACAGCUGCGGAGUUUUCUCCACAGAAUCAACAGUGGAUGCAUCCCCCCUUUGGAGACGACUACCACCCUUUAAUCCCUGUGAAGACUCCCCCUCAAACUACUGUUGCACCAACUACAGAAGCACCUGCCACAGCUGUGGAGUUUCCUCCACAAAAUCAACAGUGGAUGCAUCCCCUCUUUGGAGACUACUACCACCCUUUAAUCCCUGUGAAGACUCUCCCUCAAACUACUGUUGCACCAACUACAGAAGCGUCAACUACUGUUGCACCAACUACAGAAGCACCUGCCACAGCUGCGGAGUUUCCUCCACAGGAUCAACAGUGGAUGCAUCCCCUCUUUGGAGGCUACUACCACCCUUUAAUGCCUGUGAAGACUCCUCCUCAAACUACUGUUGCGCCAACUACUGUUGCACCAACUACAGAAGCACCUGCCACAGCUACAGAGUUUCCUCCACAGGAUCAACAGUGGAUGCAUCCCCUCUUUGGAGGCGACUACCACCCUUUAAUGCCUGUAAAGGCUUAAACCACUGUUGCACCAACUACAGCUGUCAAGCUUCUACUGAAUCAAUGAACCACUUAUUACAAGUAUUCAACAGCACCCCAAAACAGAUGCUCUACUCCAAAGCUUUUAUUUUGUAACUCCUCAGUCUCUCUUAAAAUCAUAUAUGUUAUUUAAUGCAUAUAUUAAACAUGUAUUUGGA